CCGGUGGAUUUUGUCAGUGACGGAGAGAAGCUGCGCUUGAAUUUCCAUAGAUUUGCCUACGAACAGUAAUGAAAGAGCUGGGGUCGCACGUUGAGACACACAGUCCACAGGUCAGCAUGAUGAUGGAGAGGAUCUUGCUGGGUGUCUUGAGUCUCUCAGGGUGGAUCAUCCCCUCCAUAUGCCUUCACCGUCAGUACCACUAUGUUGCUGAUCCAAAGACUUGGACUGAAGCUGCCUCCUACUGCAGACGGACAUACACAGACCUGGCCAGCAUUGAAAACAUUGAAGAAAUGAACCAACUUAAGAACACAGUUUCAUCUUCCGGCCACAACUCUGAAGUCUGGAUUGGUCUGUACAGUGCAAUCGUCUGGAAGUGGUCUGAUGGCUACAGAGGGACUGGGUCUAGAUACAGGAACUGGAGAACUAGUAACACUGAACCAGAUUUGUAUUCAGGUGGUCAGUUCUGUGUGGUCACUGGAGGUGAUGGAAGGUGGUAUGAUGACUUUUGCAAUCGUGAACAUCCAUUUGUCUGUUACAGAGGAACACAGCUGGAUCCUGAAUUUGUUGUUGUGAAUGAAAGAAUGAGUUGGUCCAGUGCUCAGAGGUACUGCAGGGAGAACUUCAUAGACCUGGCCACUGUGAGGAACGACACUGAGACCCAGGAGAUCCAGAGUUUGGUGCCAAGUAGAAGCUUGGCAUGGAUUGGCCUAUUUAGAGAUCCCAAUUUCAAUUGGUCUGAUGGUAGCAACUACAAAUUCAGCUACUGGGCUGCCGCUAAAAACCCAUUUGGCUCAUUGACACAUGUAUGUGCUGUUGCAGCUUUGCAAAGUUCAGGAAAAUGGAGGGCUUUUGACUGUGAAAGGAGAUUACCGUUUGUCUGCUACAGCCUCCCUGUAAAUAGGCAGGUAGUAAGGCUGAGAAUGAAGCCGGAGGACUCCUCUCUGGAUCUGAAUGACCCUGCUGUGAAAGCAGACAUCCUGAAAAAGCUCCAGGACAGACUGGAGACGAAAGUAGCGGGAGCCACCCUGAAAUGGAGAGAGCAGCCUGAUGGGAAGGUCUUCUUCAAGGAAGGGAAAAGUUCUCAGAAGAAAGAAAGAAAAAAGACGGAGCUCUGAAAUUUAAACCCAACUUUAGCUGUGCUUAUAGGCUUAUCAGAAACCCAUGGUGAACAUGCAUUAUAUGUGCUAUAAAAUGUAGGGCUACUUGGUACUUCAUCAUCAAUACCGCUGUGUGAUGUGUUUUAAUUGUAAUUCUUAGUCCAGAAUAUAUACCGGUAUGUAUGAGGAGUUGUUUUGGCUUCAAGUUUCUUAUUUGGCUCUGUAGAAUUAUUUCAAAAUAAAAGCUGAUAUCAUA